AUGGAACAACAUACCAUGGACAUUGAAGAAACAGAAGCUUUGGCCGAUGAGGCAGCUUGUAACUUCAAGGUGCAUGAAGGAUUGCGCAAGGCAAAUAAAGAGGCAUACACACCUAUCCUAAUUUCAGUAGGGCCUUACCACCGUGGUCAACCCAAACCACUUGCUAUGGAAAAACGUAAAGAGCAUUAUUUGGAAUUGCUCCUUCAACGUAACAACAAUCUGCGUAAGGAGGAUUAUUUAGACUCUAUGAAGAAAUUAGAAGAAAGAGCUCGCAAGUAUUAUGCAGACCCAGUUGACCACCUCAAUGGUGAUGAAUUUUUUCGUGUUCGCAAGGGUGAACAUCAACAAUCGCAUGUGGGUGAUGAAGUCAAAGUAUCAUGGAAGAGAAUACAGAUUUGCAAUGACUUGAUGUUACUUGAAAACCAACUUCCAUUCUUUAUUAUAUCUGAAUUUUAUGACAUGAGCUACGACAUGAUAGUGACCCAAAAUCCAAACCAGAUUCAUCAUGAUCCUACCUCCACCUCCACCCUCACGAAGUUGGCAAUGUUACCUAUACUUGAGAAGCUACCAGGAGGGAUUGACUUUUCCAAAAUUGAUUUUGAAAAUACAUCCGUCUCUGAAAGCAAGCAUUUUCUUGACUUGAUGCAUAAUGUUUGUCUUCCCUCCUCCUCCAGAGAUGAAUCAAAUAACCACCAAAACAAGAAUCAGACAACUUGCUUUCAAAUGCCGUGUGUGAUAGAGCUUCAGGAUGCUGGUGUCAAGUUCGAGGCUGUAAAGAAUGAUAAUGAUGGGCUCAACCUCAACAUGUUCGAUAUACGCUUUAAGCAUGGUCAUUUUAAAAUACCAAAGUUCAAAGUCGAUGAUUCGACAGAGAUAUUCUUCCGAAACAUCAUUGCCUAUAAACAACACUCCUCAGAUGACAAACCCAAAUAUUUCACCGAUCAUAUGUAUUUGAUGGAUCUACUUAUCAACUACAAAGAAGAUGUGACCCAACUUCAUCGCCAUGAAGUUCUUGAAAACUGGCUUGGUGAUGACGAAGUGGUGGCACUUAUGUUCAACAACCUGGGUAAUGGCAAAAUCAUUGAAGAGCAGUUCUACUAUGCUGAACAGUGCAGCAAAGUGAACACUCAUUGCAAGAGAUGGUGGAACAAAGUAGUAGCUUCAUUGAAGCGUGAUUACUUCAAAAAUAUUUGGGUUAUUGCAGCUGCUUUUCUCCUCCUCCUUACUUUCACACAGACUGUCAUUUCCCUAAUUACUAUUCUUACUUCGUCCCCAUCCCUAUCCCCACCCUGA